AUGGAGCUAACGCGCAAGAUUGCGAACCUCGAGGCGGUGAUACGACAAGAAAUGACGCGAAUUGCGGGCGCAUUUCACGACUCUUACGAGAAGUUCAUUCCCUGUUUGAAAGCGACUCGUCUCGACAGGGCAGACUCCCUUCAAAAGCUGAUCGAAGAAAUCUCGCAAAAGUUGAACGAUAUUGAUGGCACGUUGAAUGGGCUUGACGUCUCAUCGGCUAAAGAAGAGUUAAGCGAGCUGCAACAGCAAUUGGAAAGUAUUCGUGAGGCUCGCGGUUUCGUCGAAUCAAUUGAAGAAGUUGAACGCCACCUCGUGAAGGCAUACGUCGUUGAAGAGGGAAUUCUAACAAGAGCACGCACGGUUCAUGAUGCUGUAGAGGCUUUGCAGUCAGCAGAGAAGAGUGCCGAGAUUUACGGGGUUGAGCAUAAAAUCUGCGGUUCACUUGCUGCUGAGGUUCGAAGCCAACGCGAGUAUUUGUGCUUUCUUCUUUCGGAAUACUACCGGAAUGCCGUCGAAUUCUCCGGAGAAAGUUCGAAACAUGUGGUCUCUAUUGGAUUCAAACUUGGUCCAUUUGUUGAUGCGUCAGAGCAUUUUGCGGCAAUGGCUGAAGUGAAGCAAUUGGAGCCACGUCUUCAUAAACUUGCGGAAUUUAUUACGGAAAAGAUGUGCACGGCUAUCAUUUAUGGUGGUGGCGGAAAUAAUGUUGUGAAAGUGAAUUUGGAUGACAUUUUGGAGCAAAAGCAGAUAAAAGUGCGCCUACCAACAAAGCAAGAGAAACACGAUCCACUAAAUGCAAUUGAAGUUUUUGGGGCUCUUGACAAGCUUUUUCAAGCUAUUUCUUCAAUUCUUGCGCCAAUUGUCGUUCAUCAACAAUCGCUUCCCAUCUUUCUUGGCAAACACAUUGAGAAGCCACUGAUGAGCCUUAUAUUAAAGGAAGUGAUCAGCGUUUGCAUUCCUGCUCUCUCGCGUCCAGAGGAUCCCAUUGUGGCAGAAGUGAUGGCUGCAGCUGAGGCUUUUCGUGGAAAGCUUAUCGAGUAUACGUUCUUCAAUGAUGCCUCACCUACAUUCACGAAUUUUGCUCAAUUCAACGAUCGAGUGUUUAUUGAUCGCAGAUGUAUGCAAGUGUUGACUAAAGCUCGCGAGCUGAUACUAAAGCCAUACGUGAAGUUGGUGCCCGUUGGCUAUGGUAAAGAGUUGCUGGAAGAAACGGUUGAGGACUUUAAAAAUCUUGGUUGGGAUCCGAAGUUCAGCAUUGAGAGUGGCGAUGAAUCUAUGCCUUGCUUAUUGGGGUUGAACCUGUGUCAAGUGAGUGAAUCGGUGGUGGAGCUGAUGAAAAUUGUCGAGGAUACCCUCAAACAAGCUGCGCUAAGCGAUAAUGAGAUGGCUUUCAAUCGGUUGGCCCUCACAGCCCGCAACAUUGUUCAACUUUUUACCCUUAUCGCCUACAGGCAGCACCGCGACGCUAUCAGCAGUAUUCCACAACAAGCAGCGGUCUUUUUCAACAACUGCUAUUUCAUUGCUCAUCGAGUCAUCAUGCUGCCAUUUGCAGUUUUCCGGGAUUUUGAUCAGAACAAAUUCGAAAUUUAUCGUCCAAUGUUCGCUGAAAACAUUCCGCAACUACGUGAAUUGGCUGCCAAGGCGCUUGAAGAUCUGCUGGCACAGUGUCGUCGCAAUCUCUCUGGGGAAUUCGUCGACAGAACGCUCUUUGCAUCAUCAAACCCUCGUGGAGACAAGUUGCGAGAUCGGCGAGUGGCCAAAACUCUGCAUCGAUGUGUGGAGCAAAUCUCAACAGUUGCAGCGUCUUUCAGAGAGGUUAUGGUGGCGACAAUCUACACUCGAUCGAUUGCAAAUUUGGUGACUUUCAUGCUCUGUGAAAUUGGCGAAACUAUUCUAUCGAUGGAAGACAUUUGCCAAUACGAUGCUAAUCAAAUGGCCAUUGAGAUACAACGAGUCAUCGACGAGUUGAUGCCUUUGUUCCAAAUUGAAGACUAUAAUGCGAUGCACAAAAUGUGCUCGCAAGCCUUGUUCCGAAUCAAAGAGGUUGCUUUUUGUCUCCAGGGAUCCCUUCAGGGAAUCGAUGAUCGUUGGUGCGACGGAAAGGGUCCAUUGGCUGAUCUUCUCAACGCGUCCGAGGUUCGUCAUUUGGUGAAAGCGCUCUUCUCAAAUACCGAUCAACGCAAGCAGCUUCUUGUAAAAAUUUCG